AUGUCACAAACAGGCGGCAAAGGCCCUGGUCUCUUUUACGUGCGCUCUGGCAUCGCCCCGUCAGCGAAAGAUGUUCUCUCUGAAGCCACGUUUAUGAGAUGGUACGAGGAACAUGCCGAAGAAGUUGUAGCUAAAUCUGGCAUUCAUUCCUUGUUUCGUAAAACUAGCGCGUUCGAUGGAUCAAAGCCCUUCCUGACAUGUCCUGUGUUGGAUGACAUCGGGUUCCUCCUGUCCGAAGAGUUCAAGAGUAUCAGUCCGACGAGCGAAAUUUUGCCUGGCACAGGUAACGUGUUUGACCUGGUUGAGUUUGACGGCAACCAUUUGGCUUUGAGGCAAAACUUGAUGAUCAGAAAGGGGAGUAGUGAGCCAGCAAAGAGCAUCGUGACAGUGGAGAUCCAGCCGCCCACAGGCCUUGAAGCAGAUGAAGUUAGUGCUUUGUUAGGCAAGCAGGUAUCCCGACUGAACGGGGGGUCAGGAUACACCGGUAGCCUUAUUUUUGAGAGUUGUUUCUCGUUCGCUAGUGCAGGGGCCAAGAAGCCGGAGGGUGGUAAAAUGGAGAUGUGGCACGAACCACCGUCUUGGGUGGCAAUACAUACAUUCAGUGGUGCUGUUGGCGACGACAUGGUCAAGCUGAUAGAGCUGGAUCUGCAUAAGAUGCAUGGAAGCACUGGAAACAUGCACAGUGAGGUCAGAGCGUGGAAUCUUCAGGGAAGUUUUGGAGAAAAAAAGUUGUUUGAGUAG